UUUGGCUUUACGCGCCAAUGCUUUGACCACUAAGCUACGAGAGAUGAGAGAUGACAACAGCAACAAAUAAACAAAUGCAAAAACGGAUUCAAGUGAAGCCUUAACUUAGGUAGUCUGAAAACCGAAACGCGCUUCUAUUCCUAAUAAGAAAAAUGAAGUAAAAAGGGGAUCUCAGCUAUGAAGAAGUGAAUAAUGUUGAUAAAAUAGGACCGUAGAUAUUCUUAAUAGAAACAAUAAAUUAAUUCAAACGAAAAUGAGUUCUGGUAUUCUUAUUGGAUGCGUUGGAGUACACCUACAGCACUUCAACUGAACAAAAGUGUGGCAUUCGAUUUGUUGUACAUCAACUUUAGAAUUGGUUAAAGACCCGCAAUAGUUUAAUCCGAAGUGAAUGAGUCUAAAAAGCAUAAUCGCUAGUGGAGGAUAUAAAACGCAUUCAUCUGCGACUGCGCAUCAUUUUUGGUCUUGUUAGUUAUCACUGACGUAUUAUAUGUAUUUAUAUUAUCUAUGAUUUAUAUCUUAUCUAUGGUUGCCACACAAACGUAGAAAGCCAUAUCUUUCUCUCUAUGCAAAAUUGAGUAUCCACCAUUGCUUUGGUGUCAAAUACCCUUUGUGUAUCUAUUAUCUAUGGAUAAAAGUAGACAUCAUAGUGAACGUUAUAUGAUAUAAUAUACAAUAAACAUUAGUGUGUAAAACUGGUAAAAUUUAGUGAACCAUAAUUUCAAUAGUAUUACAUAGUAUAAAAAAUAAAAUUAUUUUGAAUAAUAUUAUGCUAUAACAUUGAGUGGUGAAUAAAAGACAUCAUAGUGGACGUUAUACAUAAUAUAAAAUAUAACCUAAAACCACAAUAUAAGAGGUCUUGUAAUACAGUUUACAGACCAUUGUUCGUGUGUGUGGUAUUUCAUUUGGAAUAUUAAACAUUAUCAUGGCAAAAACAUCAACAGAAAGAUCGAGACUACACCGUCUGCGAAAAUCUCAGCAAGCCCAAGCUAAACGACAGGCACCAAAAACCGGUGCACAACGAGUACGUGAGUACAGAGCGCGUCGAAAAGCAUUGAAAGCGACAGCUGCUAUUGUUAACAAUCCUACGUCACAAAUAGGAGACAUAGCUCCUGGUGAUAUGGAAAACUACAUUUUGAAAAAAGACGUUUUGCCCCACAUUUUCAACUGCCAAAAUAAUGGGAAAUCUGCGGAAAAUCUUCAUCUCACUCUGAGCAAGGGAAGUUGUCUAUCCCAAAGGACGGAAAUAUUGGAGGAUUCAUCUGUUGCACAUCCUGAAUCAUUGAACUCUGAAGAAAUUGAUGAAAAUCAAUCAUUCAAUAUCAUAUCAGAGAAAGAUCAAGAUGAAGACAAACUUGAUACAGUUGCGAUUGGUAAUAAACGAAAAAGAAGUUGCUCAGUUGAAUUCACUGCAGAAGGUUUGGGUCAUACUUUAGAAUGCAAGAGUUUUACAUUCGAAAGAAAUUUAGGAAUAGAAAACGAUGAGGAAUUCCAUUUUAAAAGUUUAAAUGCUGACCUAGAAAAUUGUCAUGAAAAUAUACAAGACGUAACUGCUGUAGAUAGUGAACAAAGGGAUUGUUCAACUAAAGUGAUAAUAGAAAGUAUCGAUGUUAAUUUAGAAUCAAAAACCUCCAAAGUUGAUAAGAAAGAUGCAGCAGAAAACAAAAAUGACGAGGAAUUGGAUUCUGAAAACUUUGCGGUUAAUUUAGGUAACGGAAGAAAGAGAUGUUUAAUAGAAUGGAGUCAUGAAGAGAAAGACGUGAUGGAAAAAUAUUUCUGUAGACAUAUUAAAUUGAGAAUUGCUCCAACAAAGCAAGAAGUGCUACAGAUAAUAAAAUUGUAUCCAAAAAUAUUCAAGGAUAUAAAAUGGGAUGCUAUACAAGCUUAUGUUUGUAACAAAUACAACCCUAAAAACCAAAAAAUUGCUUUGUCUCCAGUUUACACCGGUUCCAUUAAAGUGGAAAGUGAUUGUAUACCAUUCGAGUCGGUUCAACGCAAGGAGAACGACUAUAUAUAUCCUUUUUUACAUAUAGAUAUUAAAGAAGAACCAACACAUCUUAUCGAUCCAUUGUUGGAAGAAAACAUAUCGGAGAUUAAAAUAAAAGAAGAACUGAAAAUAAUUACAGAGUGUGAAGGUGAAGAAGAUAAAAUUGCUGUCUCUCCGCCUUCCAGUCCUAUUAACGAUAUUGUUCGAAAUUUGUUGGAAACACCGUUCAAUCAAUGGAAAGACAAUGAUAAAUGCGAAAUUUUGCAAAAUGGACGACCAACUAAUAAACUUUCGAUUUGUGCAAAAAAAGAAAUAAAAAAGACCGGUAAAUCUUAUAACAUAAACUUUAAAUCGGUUUGGUUUAAAGAGUAUCUGUGGCUCUGCAGCAGUACUGUGCUGGAAAAAUUGUUUUGUUGGCCCUGUUUACUAUUUAGUAAUAAAAACUCCGUAUGGAAUAAGGAAGGAUUCUCGGAUUUGUUAAAUAUAACAAGAGCAUUACGCAAACAUGCAGAUUCUGUAGAACACUUGAAAUCUGAAUUGAUGCUAAGAAAUUUUGAUAAAAAUCAAAGCAUGUCCCAAAACUCUGUAAAUUUCAGACUUUUUAAAAUACAGUUCAACGAGCAUGUUAGAUUAAAUAGACUCCUUCUUCACGUAGUUAUUGAUGCAGUAUUAUAUUUAGGCAAACAACAUCUUGCAUUUCGAGACCAUGACGACAGCAUUGAUCCCAUAAAUCAGGGGAAUUUUAAAGAGUUGUUAAGUCUAUUAUUAAUCCGAAGUCCAAUAGAAAUAAGGAAUCAAUAUGAAAAAAUUAAAAAUGUAUUUACAGGAGAUUGUCAAUCAAUUGAAAAUGAUUUAAUUGGAUGUAUUUCUGAAUACAUAAACGAUUAUGUUACUACAGAAAUAAGUGAAUCUAACUUCUUUUCAAUAGAAGUUGAUGACGCUACAGAUAUAACCCAAUCUUCACAGUGCUCUUUAAUAAUCAGAUUAGUUAAUUCAGAAGGUAAAUUGGUGGAACGUUUUAUGGGAUUCCAUGAUGUGAGCGCAGAUAGAACAUCGGAUAUGUUGUACAAUAUAUUACAUACAAUUCUCGAGCAAUUUAACUAUGAACAUAAAUUAGUAGGACAAUGUUAUGAUGGGUCAAGCGUAAUGUCUGGACAUUUAAAUACACUUCAGAAAAAAAUUAAAGAUAAGGCCCCUCAAGCUGUUUUUGUCCACUGCGUCGUGCAUCACCUUAAUCUGGUGCUACAGCAAAGUCUCGUAAAAAUUUUAUCUUGUCGCCUAUUCUUUGCAAGCGUUAGUGGAAUUUCUUCUUUUUUCAAAGACUCUGAAAAUAGCUCAUAUACACAUAACUCCACUUCACCAACUGUACCAAAAACUCGAUGGUCUUGUCAUUCUAAGUUAUUGAAUGUAAUUAUUGAAGACUGGAAUAAACUAAAAGAUGUUUUUGAAUUUAUAGUAACUUGCGAACAGUCAGAUAAGAAAUCAAUACAACCUGCAAAAGGGUUUUUAAACGAUAUGAAUAGCUUUGAAUUUACUUUUUUGGCCGUCGUGUUUAAUGAAAUUUUUUGUUCCUUCGAUAUUUUAUACGACAUCCUUCGAAAAAGAUCAUUAGAUAUAAUUUACUGCAUGUCAGAGGUAAAAAAAACUUGCGAAAUAUUAAGAGGAAAAAGAACGGAUGAGGUCUUUAACACUCUGUUUCUUAAAACUAUUGCACUGACAGAAUUCAACACGAAAACGAGUGUGAAAAGGAAAGAUGUGGAUUUUGACCAAGAUCAAAUUAAAACAAAAUGCCAAGUGCAAUUUUUUGAAAUUUUAGACCACAUUUUAAUGGAAAUGGAUGUUAGAUUUCAGGAUUGUGAAAAAAUUAAAUUUGUUUGCCUUAUCGAUACCACCCAAUUUGAACGAUACAAAUCGUGUUUUCCUUCUGAAGCUUUGCAAAAUUUACAAUUCCAUUAUCCAAAUAUAUUUACAAAAAUGCAGCGCCUUCGAAACGAGCUAAGUCUGAUUUAUGCUGAUGAAAAUUAUCGAAGUAAAACAACGCUAGAAGUUUUUGAACAGCUUCAUGAGAACAAGGACACUUUUACAGAAACCUUCAAAUUAUUUUCGCUUGUUUUGACGAUUCCUUCUACUGGUGUUUCUGUUGAAAGAAGUUUCUCAUGUCUUGCAAGAAUAAAAACAUAUUCAAGAAGCACUAUGAGCACAAGCCAAAAGAAACUUUUAUCGUUAGCCAAUAUUUCAAUACAAAAAGAAUUGCUACUUGAUAUUAUGAAGAAGCAACCAUUCUAUGAGGACAUAAUCGAUAAGUUUGCAAGUCUAAACGACAGAAAAAUAAAUUUAAUAUAUAAAAAAUAAGCACAAGCUACCACUGGAUUCCAUUAAAGAACAGUCCACUUUCAUAAGAAAGUAGCAACAAAAAUACUCCGCAAAAAUGAAUUAUAUCCACCCAACUAAAGUAACUACCACAAUCUGGAGAAAAAAAUCUGGCCACAAAGUGUUGAAACGUUUAGGUUUCGAUGCUGAAAAACGAUGCAAUGAACUUGUGAAUGAAAAUGAAACUAUACACUAUACAACAUGUGAAUAUUCCUUUUUAUAGAGAUAAACGGACAUUAAAGAAGAAUCAAUACGUCUUAUGAAGAUUUUAGUUUUGGUUUCUAAGAGGUCUACCAUUAACUGGUACUGUGAGUGUGAAUGUGUAAGCCAAGUUUCGAUGGUUAUACUCUCUUUCCUAUUUCUUCUUGGUCCCCACAAAGGAACUUGCUGUUACACUUAUCCGAAAGAUAUAACGCUUGCGUUUUAAAAUUUUGGGGGGGGGGUGUGACCAGAAUUGAUUUUUCGAAGCAAUAACAUUCGAUUUGUUGUACAUUUACUUUCUAAUCAAUUGGUUAUUGUAAUGUGUAUAAGGUAAUAAAAAUAAAUAAAUUUUAGAGUUU